AUGGCGGACGACAUGGACGGCGACUACGGCGGCAACACGCCGAUCCUGUAUCACCUGUCGUUCUUCCACGACCUGCUCAACUACUGCACCGCUGUGCUGUGGCUGUUUGCGUACGUGGCUCUGAUGAUGAAGGUGCAUCGCGAGCGAAACGCGUAUGGUCUCUCCUUCCAGUCGCUGUUUGCCUUGGUGUGGGUCGAGGUCAGCAACGUGCUUCUAAUCAUCUCCCUGCUGCUGUAUCACGACAAGGCCGUGCACAUGGAGUUCUUUGUCGUGGACUGCUCUUCUGCGCUCGUGUCGCUCGGCGUUUUCCUCUAUAUCAACCGGUACUUCAGCUCGACGUACGAGAGUCAGCGCGACAACUUUGGCAAGCGCUUCUGCCGCGGCCUAUGCGGCGACCGCUACGGCUGGGCCUUCCUCUACCUCGUCGCCUUCGCGCUCUCCUGUCCGAUGUUCCUGCUCCGCCGAUCCAAGUACGCGACGCCUCUCACCACCCUCGCGAGUCGAGGCAGCUUCCGCGCGCUUCUCGCCACGCUGCUGUCCUUCUGGGAAUGCUACAACGACAGCGUCCUCGCCCUCGCGCUCGUCCCCCAGCUCUUCAUGUUCUACAAUAAACGCCCGCGAAAAGUCACCAACCUCCUCGGAACCUUCGUCGCACUCCUCUUCUUCGCACGCGUCUUCGCCUUCCUAUACUGGAUCACUUUCCUCUGGUUUCAUCCUGUGCUGCCUUCGGGUCGCGGCGUUCAUCUCGUGACUGAGGCGCUGAACAUCCUGAUUCUCCUGGACUUCCUCUAUCACUACAUUCGCGCGAAACUCGCGGGAGAGCGAGACAUCUCGCUGCCGAUCUAA